AUGUCUCUCGACCACCAAGAGCGUACCAAAAGCGAAGCUGUUUUGGCUCAUCCCCUACUCUACGAGGCAACAACCCCUGAUGUUCUGGUUGACUUCAAUGGCCCAGAUGAUCCAUACCGUUCUAUCAACUGGCCUUUUCGGAAGAAGGCCAUCACGACGAUCCUAUACGGAAUGACUACCUGCUGGAUCACCUUUGCGUCGGCAAUCUAUUCCGCGGGAAUGCAGCCGAUCGCGCAUGAGUUCGGCGUCUCGAAGGAAGUAUCCAUAUUGGGAAUCAGCUUGCUGGUCUUUGGUCUUGGGCUGGGACCGUUGCUGUGGGCACCUUUGAGCGAGGUUUAUGGCCGUAAAAUGGUCACCAUCUUACCGUAUUUCAUCGCCGGGAUUUUCUCUUUCGGAACGGCAACGGCAAAGGAUAUCCAGACAUUAAUGAUCACCCGAUUCUUCUCUGGAUUCUUCGGCAGCUCUAGCGUGGCAAUAACUGGCGGUGCUAUGGCGGAUAUCUGGAAGCCAGAACAUCGCGGUGUGGCCAUCGUCGUCUAUUCGGUCACUCUCGUUGGUGGUCCUUGUCUUGGUCCCAUCAUUGGCGGGGCCUUUGUGUCUAAUAGUAGUCUGGGUUGGCGCUGGACGGAAUACCUGACGGGGAUCUUGAUGGUAGUGCAAUCCGUGUUGGACUUCUUGGUUCUAGAUGAGAGCUAUGCGCCCGCACUGUUGGUCCAAAAAGCACACCGACUGCGGCUGGAAGGCAAGAAUUGGGCCCUGCACGCGAAGCACGAAGAAUGGGACGUGUCUAUCUCCGAGAUGUCGCAGAAAUAUCUAAUUCGCCCUUUCCAGAUAUUGAACACCCCAAUCGGGCUGUUCAUGUCGAUCUAUGGGUCUUUCGUUUACGCCAUCCUAUAUGUAAACCUCGAAAGCUUUCCGAUUGAAUUCCAGGAGAAGCGUGGCUGGGGGCAUGUCACAGGAGGCCUUCCCUUCGUCGCCCUCCUCGUCGGAAUUUUUGUCGCGGCUCUGGCCAACGUCUAUAACAACCGAUAUUACUUUCGGAAGCUUCGCGAGAAUAACGGCAAACCCGUCCCCGAAGCACGACUGCCUCCGAUGAUGGUUGGAGGGGUUGCUUUCACUGGGGGCUUAUUCCUUUUUGCUUGGACCUCAUCGCCUCACAUCAACUACUGGCCAUCUCUCGUUGGCAUCGCUUUCACGGGUUUUGGGUUUACUACUAUCUUUCAAAGUUCAAUCAAUUAUUUGGUCGACACGUUUUUGCGCUUCAGCGCAAGUGCUGUUGCUGCCACCACUCUUCUACGAUCCAUCCUGGCGGGUGCAUUCCCUCUCUUUGUGCAGCCGAUGUUCCAGGGCAUCGGAGUGAACUGGGGCAUCACGGUAUUCGGGUGCGUUGCGGCGGUCUUGAUCCCCGUUCCGUUUCUCUUCUUUGCGUUCGGCAAGAGAAUUCGCGCGAAAAGUCAAUGGAGUACUAGCAAUUCCGCAUGA